AUGAAUGAUUUGAUUACACAAACGAUACAGCCCGUAGGAGUUUCCACUCAGAUAUCAAUUUAUGAAGAAGAGGGACCGGGGACAUUAAUUACAUUAGAUCUUCGCGGGAAGCGAUUUGUAAUGGAACGGGAAGAGUUGAUUACUCUUCCGGAGAGUAUUUUGUUGUGUCUUUUUCCUAAUGGAUGGAUAGCAAAUGAAGGGGCAGAAGGAGAGCCUGUAUGUGUAGAUUAUGAUUCAUCUAUUUUAUCAUAUGUUAUCCAAUUCUUUUGUGAAUCAGUUUCUACAUCUCGAAUGGAACGAGAAAUGUUAGAAGAACAAACUAUACCUUUUCCAGGGAAGGUGGCGAUUAUUGUGCUUAAGGAGGAUCUUGAUUUUUAUAUAAUUACUCAGUCAAAGGAUGAUUCAACAUGUGAUAAUCUGUAUUCAUUAAAACGAGCAGUUGGCAAACGACUUGUCGACAUUAAUGGAGUAUUUGAUGGUCUUCUAAGGUCAAAGGGUAUCAAAUCCAAUGAUGGUAUAGGGACUUCAGAACAAUAUUUAAUUGAUAUGUUAUGUGCAAGGCAAGACGAUAAAUGGCCUCGAAGAAUCUUGGAGCCUUCUCGGGCGUGCAUAUCUAGUUUAGCAUUGACAGAGGUAAAAAAUAGCGAUAGACAAUCAACAUCGAUUCAUACAUGUCAAAAACUUCUUUUAUUCUGGAGAAAACCUGCAAGAAAAUGUUGGUGGGAUAGCAUGGAAUUCACAAAUAUUGAUGAAAAUAUCGAAAAAGUUAAAGUAUGGGCACGUCGGGUUUGGACACUAGAGUUGAGUAUUCUUUCUGCGAGAUAA